UCUAUACAAAUCUCAACCACAACAUUCUCUCUCUUACGUAAAAGUAAAAAAAAAAAAAGGAAAAAAGGGGGAAAAACAAAUAAAAUCCUCAUCCUUCUCUCUUCCCUCCCAAAAUAAUGGCCUCUCCUCUUUCUUCAAAACUCGAGGAUCUAAAGGAGAAGCUCUCCUUCCAUCUACAGCCAGUGCAUCGAUCCAUUCAGUUCUGGGUUAGGGCUGCGGACAUCUACACUAGCUACAAGGUUUGUCAAAUUCGAGCGGGAUUAGUGAAGGAUGCGGAGAAGCAGGACGCAAUGUGGGAGAAGCAGCAUGAACUUGGAGCGGACAAGAUGUAUUCUCUCUGCUCUGAUCUUGGUGGGCUUUUUCUGAAGGCUGCUCAAAUUCUCGGUAAACCUGAUUUGGCUCCAGCAGCUUGGGUGAAAAAAUUAGUUACAUUAUGUGAUCAGGCUCCUGCAACACCAUUUCCAGUGGUCCAGAAAGUUCUGGAGGAAGAAUUAGGCAAGAAAUUUGGUGACGUUUUUGAUCGAUUUGAUGCCAAUCCUGUGGGCUCUGCUUCAAUAGCACAGGUUCACCGGGCAAGAUUGAGAUCUGAAAACACUGAUGUUGCUGUCAAGGUGCAACAUCCUGGCGUGGAACACCUCAUGAUGGUUGACAUCCAUAAUCUGCAAACGUUUGUAUUGUUUUUGCAAAAGACGGACAUCAAAUUUGAUCUAUUUUCUCUCACAAAAGAAGUUGAGAAGCAGAUCGGAUACGAGUUCGACUUCUGCCGGGAGGCUGCUUCCAUGGAAAAAAUACGGCACUUUUUCCAUGCUAACAAUAAAAAGGUUCCAGUUAUAGUGCCGCGUGUGAUACAGGGCAUGGCUACCAGGAAGGUCUUAGUAAUGGAGUUUAUAGAAGGAACUCCGAUAAUGAAUCUUGGCAACGAGAUAGCUCGAAGGGGCAUUGAUCCUGGUGGUAAGCUUGCAGCUAUGGCAAAGCAGAAAAUUUUGAAAAAUCUGACUCUAGCCUAUGGUCAAAUGAUCUUGAAGGAUGGUUUUUUCCAUGCAGAUCCACAUCCUGGGAACAUUCUCAUCUGCAAGGACUCAGAGGUUGCAUUACUUGAUUAUGGACAAGUAAAGCAGCUUCCUGAAAAUUUGAGGCUUGGGUAUGCUAAGCUUGUCGUUGCAAUUGCAGACCAUGACCUUCCAAAGGUUGUACAAAGUUACAGGGACUUGGGUAUUGACACAUUAAGCACGUGUGAAGAUGAACAAAGAGAGCUCUUUAAAUUGGCACAGAGAAUGUUUGAUACCUAUCUUCCUCCAGGAGUAACUGUGAUGUCACCAUUCUCAGAAGAUUCUUCUUUGAAGAAAGUUGGUGUCCAGAAUUUUCCAGAGGAGCUAUUCUCUGUCCUCAGGACAAUGCAGCUACUCAGAGGGCUUAGUGUUGGUUUGGGUAUAAACUACUCAUGUGCGGAGCAGUGGAGACCGAUAGCUGAAGAAAUGUUGUACAAAGCAGGAAGAUUAAAAGACGAGGAUUUGAUAACACGUAGACCGGGUUUUAUUAGAAGAAUAUUUGGAGGAAGGAGAUGAUUUACGAACGCUAUGAACAUGAAUAUAGAAGAUCAUUUAUCUUGUUCCUUAUGAGUGUUUCAGAUUGAUGGCGAGCUUCUUUAUGGAGUGCCGGUUGAGUUCAUUUCAUUCGACAACCCAAUUGAAUUGAUUUGAAAAGGAGAUUAUUUUGUAUUCUUAACUGAACUCUGCUCAGUUUAAAGUAAUUUUUUCUGCUUUCCAACCCAUCCCCCCCUUCCCCUCCCCCAAAAAAAAAAAAAAAAAAAAAA